AUGAACGGAUGUAAUCCAAACAAUCCAGCAAUAAAAAGAAUUUUAAGGGAAAUUCAAGAACUAAAAAAUGACACAAAUACAGAUUAUAAGGCCUAUCCUUUAGAGGAUAAUAUUUUUGAAUGGCAUUUUACUAUAAGAGGCCCUCAAGAUUCAGAUUUUAGUGGUGGUAUUUAUCAUGGUAGAAUUAUUCUUCCUUCAGACUAUCCAUUCAAACCACCUAAUUUUGUAUUAUUAACACCAAAUGGAAGAUUUGAAACAGAUGUAAAGAUUUGUUUAACUGUUUCAGCCCACCAUCCAGAGCAUUGGCAACCAUCAUGGAGCAUAAGAACUGUAUUAGUAGCAUUAAUUGGUUUUAUGCCAACCGAAGGAAAAGGUGCAAUAGGUGCAUUGGAUCUUUCGUCUGCAGAAAGAAAAGAUUUGGCAAAGAAAUCA